AUGGAUACCAACAAGCUAGCAGCAUCAGACCAUGCUGGCAGUUCCCACUCUUCUCUGCAGCCGACUACUAUUGGCAUCUCUCUCGAGCUUUUAUACCAGGAGUUGAUCUCUUGGCAAAUACGAGAGAUGCCAACACUGUCGCUUGGCAGCAGAGCCACAUGCGAUGCGGAUGAAUAUCAGGAGGUCUUUAGAGAUCAAGUCCCUUCAGAGCCAGCGGCUGCCUCAAAAUCCAUCAUUGGCUUGGAUGCCAGAUUCCCUGGCGAUGGAGAUAGUGCCGAGAGGUUCUACGAAUUUUUGCUGGCCGGCCGCUCUGCGCGCAGCGAGGUACCCCCGGAGAGGUACAAUGCCGACGCCUUCUGGCAUCCGGAUGGCAACAGAAGCGGCGCUACAAGGACUCGAGCCGCACACUUCCUCAAGGGAAGCAUAUCUGCAUUUGAUGCGCCGCUCUUCUCUAUUACGCCCACGGAAGCAGCCGCAAUGGAUCCCCAGCAACGGGGAAUACUCGAGAACGUGUACAGAGCACUUGAGAAUGCUGGCGUGCCUCUUGAGAAGGCUGCCGGAAGCCAAACAGGAGUCUUUAUUGGAUGCAUGUACUCCGACUACGACCGUAUGACAGUCAAAGACCUCGAGAGACCUACAACAUAUGCAGCCUUGGGAACCGUUUACAGCAUGCUUAGCAACAGGGUAUCCUGGUGCUUCGACUUUCGCGGGCCGAGCAUUACUGUAGACACUGCUUGCUCGAGUAGUCUGGUGGCUUUGCACCAGGCAUGUAACUCUUUGAAGCUACAUGAGUCUUCUAUGGCUGUGGUUGGGGGCUGCAACCUUAUCAUCUCCCCCGAGUUUGCAUUGCUACUUGACGCGGCUGGUGUUCUUGGCCCUGAUGGAAAGUCCUACAGCUUUGACCAUCGUGGAAAUGGUUACUCGCGCGGAGAGGGCUUUGGAGUUGUCGUUCUCAAGCGACUGUCAGAUGCCCUUCGCGAUGGGGAUGUCAUCAGGGCCGUCAUCCGCAACUCGGGGACCAAUUCGGAUGGAAGAUCUCCAGGCAUCACCCAACCAACCAAGGCAGCCCAGGCAGCUUUGAUCAAGCAGGUUUACGCAAACGCAGGACUCGACCCAUCGGUUACACGCUUCUUUGAGGCGCACGGAACGGGCACGGCAGUUGGCGAUCCCAUAGAGGCGAGCGCAAUUGCCGAAAUCUUUGCAACCCACCGCUCUCCAAAGUCUCCAUUGUGGGUGGGCGCACUAAAAAGUAACAUAGGACAUCUUGAAGGCGCCGCAGGUGUCGCCGCCGUGAUCAAGGGUGUUCUCACCCUCGAGAACGGUGUCAUCCCUGCAAACACCUGGUUCGAACGCAAGAACCCCAAGAUAUUGGAUUCAUGGCAUCUCCAAUUCCCAACAGAGCCCGUCGUCUGGCCGCAGCCUGGCCUUCGGCGCAUGUCCAUCAAUUCAUUUGGUGUGGGAGGAUCCAAUGCUCACGUUGUCAUGGACGAUGCCUUGCACUUUUUGCAGGCGUACAGUCUAGUUGGAAACCACCGUACAGUCACACUUCCAAGACUACCUGGGAGUUCGAAUACUCGCCGUAUCGUCUCUCAGGGGGACUCUGGUGUCGAAUUCACGGAUUCGGACUCAGAGAUUAAGACUCCAGAUGGUACACACUCACCAGCCUCGACUGCCGCGCCUUCAAAAGACACAAAUUUUGAUUCUAGCUGCAGGAAUACAGACACGCCACAGAUAACGGACAACACUCAACAGCCUAAGCCAUUGGUCAUAGCCUGCCCUGAGGUCUUAUCCAAAAGACUUUCGCGUCUGACUAUGGUCGAUGAAGAGCAGCAGCAGCAGUCACAGCUUUUCGUCUUUUCAUCAUCUGAUAAAGAUGGCGUCUCGCGUGUCAUGAACCAACUAGCCGAUUAUUUGGCCAAAAAGACCAAACAAUAUAAGUCAAAGACGCGGGAUCACCCCGGCUUUCUCCGGGAUUUAAGUUAUACUCUGGCUUGCAAAAGGACUCGUCACGCUUGGAGAUCUUUUGUUGUCGCCAAAACUCAAUCAUCGCUGUCCACCAUGCUUCAAGAGAAGCCGUUGGCAACAAGGGCCGCCAGUGAACCGCAGCUGGCUUUCGUCUUUACUGGACAAGGAGCGCAGUGGCCCGCCAUGGGAAUAAGCUUAAUGAUAUAUCCUGCUUUUAGAGAGAGCUUGUAUCAGGCAGAAGAAUAUAUGACGCAGACACUGAGGUGUUCCUGGUCACUCACUUACGAACUAUGCAAAGAGUCAGGGGCAUCGCGUAUCAAUGACGCAGAGUUUAGCCAGCCAAUUUGCACUGCACUCCAAAUGGCCCUUGUUGACUUACUGCGAACAUGGAAAGUCAAGCCACAUGCUGUCGUGGGCCACUCCUCAGGGGAGAUUGCAGCGGCCUAUGCUGCUGGGCAGCUUUCACGGCAGUCAGCAUGGCGCAUCGCAUACUAUCGUGGCAAGCUAUCAACUAAGCUAAUCCGAUCCCUGAAACCCCUUGAUAAAUCACAAAGCACGCAUAUGCAGAAGACAGGCAUGGUUGCGGUUGGCCUUAAUAGGGAUCAAACACUUGCAGCCAUCAACAGAAUUGACAGCCUCAUGAGUGAAGGGUCACUAGAGAUUGCAUGCAUGAACAGCCAGGAAAGUCACACUCUAAGCGGUGAUAUGGCAAAGCUAGACGCUCUCGUUGAGUUGUUGAAGAGCGAAAAGGUAUUUGCGAGGAAGUUGGCUGUUGAAAUUGGUUACCACUCCAAACAUAUGCUCCCAAUAAGAGAUGAGUAUGUUCAACUCAUCGGUGACAUUGGAAGCGAUUUGCAGCCCAGUCAGGGAAUUGGUCUGCCCCGAUACUUUUCCUCGCUGGAAGGGACUGAAGUCCCUCUAGAUCGUCUGAGGAUCGCAGACUACUGGGCGAAUAACCUAAUCUCCCCAGUGAGGUUCCACGAAGCGGUUAAGCUCAUGCUACACGCUGAUCUUGGCUCCGGUAGCCAAGGAGAAUCCUCAACACUAGACAAGAAGACCGUCACUGACCUGUUGGAGAUCGGCCCGCAUGCGGCUUUGAGAGGACCUCUGCGAAGCAUAAUUCAGCAAGUGCACCAGACUGCAGAGGGGAAGAUAGGCUACGCCACGGUCCUCAAGCGUGGCGAUGCUGCUAUAGAGAGCGCAAUUGAGGCAGCGGGCUCUCUCUUCUGUCGUGGUUUUGAUUUGGAUCUUGCAGCCGUCAACCAGCACCACGUCGCAUCAUCUCGACAAAUCAUACCCCAAAAUGGAGGCAAUAGUGUUUUGAUGUUGACCGACCUUCCGGGCUACCCAUUCAACCACAAAAAGGAGUACUGGGCCGAGUCAAGACUGAGCCGCAACUACCGGUUCAGAUCAGCCCCACGGCACGAGCUCCUAGGUGCUCCUGUGCCAGACUGGGAUAGGAAUGAUGCCGUGUGGCGCAACUAUAUCCGAGUGAGUGAAAACCCGUGGGUGGAAGACCACAAGGUCUCUAGAGAAAUACUCUAUCCCGCCGCAGGGAUGCUCGUGAUGGCGAUAGAGGCCAGUCGCCAGCUCGCGGACAAGGACAAGCAGGUAUCUGGCUUCAGAUUCAAGGAUGUUUCUUUCCACCUGGCUCUAAUCAUCCCCACGGAUGAUUUAGGGGUCGAGACUCGCUUCAGACUGAGGUAUUUGUCUGAAGGCAAGUUGGCGGGGUGGAGCGAGUUCCAGCUGUGCACCAGUGAAAAUGAUGAUUGGAAGGAGCACUGCCGUGGCUUCGUGUGGACAGAAUAUGCUCAGACUGGGUCAAGUGCCAACGUCGAACCAUCACUGCUGGUGCGUCGCCAGUGUGAGGAGGAAAUUGAACAGGCCAAAAAGACCUGUAGAUCCAGAGUUUACGCCGACAAGGUGUAUCGCAAGCUGGCUAAUAUCGGACUUGACUUUGGCACAACUUUUCGCACUCUCAAAGAUGUCAAGUUUGAUGGGACCUCGCGGAUUCUAGCACGAGCAGAAUCGCAGGUUUCCCACAUCAAGAAGUCGAUGCCGAGAGAAUACCUCCACCCGCAUCUGGUGCACCCAAGCAUGUUGGAUGCAGUGUUACAAGCCAAUUUAAUACCCCUUGUCUUGGGUUCGGCCUCGACAGACUCUCUAGUCCCAGUCUUCGCCAGCGACCUUUGGGUCUCUGCAGCGACGAAAGAGGGGGUUGAUUUCCACAAUUCGGCAUAUUUGAUAUCUUCACAUGCAAAAUUGACGCCCGGCACUGCAGAUGCGGAGGCGUCCUUCUUCGGUAUCCACGCCGAUACCGGCGAACCCCUGGUAACAUCGAGCGGGUUGGCCUUCAAGGCAAUCCCCAAUAAUGCGUCUUCUGGCCAAAGGGAUCAUCAUCGCCCUGCGCUGAACCUUGAUUGGAAGCCAGACCCAAACUACCUAACAGAGGAGGAUGCACUUCGGACGUUUGGAGCCACUGCCAUAGCGCAGUCAAGCAAUGAAGUGUCUGGCGAUGAAUCGGAUUGCGAGGCCCUUUGCCUUUUAUACAUCCGCAGGUUUCUAGCCUUGCUUGAAGAUACAGUGGUGAAGAAAUUGGACUGGCAUCAUUUGCGCUACGUCUCAUGGAUGAGGCAUGUACUGCAGACCACUGCGGUAGUGCCACCCACUGACGACAUAUCAGCUAUGGAGGCCAGGGUUGCGGCCACGGGGACUCCCGAGGGGAAGUUGAUAAUGGCAGUGGGACGGAACCUUGCAAAUAUGCUCGUCACAGGGGACGUUGACCCGCUCGAUGUUAUAUUUGGCGACAAGGUCGCAGAGAAUGUUUACCGCGAAGGGUUGGGGUCGCGGAGAUGCUAUGCGCAAAUGUGUGCCUACCUUGACGCGCUUGCACACGUUAACCCGUCUAUGAAUAUUCUAGAGGUCGGCGGAGGAACUGGCGGCGCCACAGGAUCCAUCAUGGAGACGCUGAUGGCCAACGGUGCCCGUCGGUUCGACCACUACGACUUUACCGACAUUUCACCCAGCUUCUUUGAGCAUGCCAAGGAGACUUUCAAAGAUGCGGCUGACCACAUGAGCUUCCGCGUCCUCAACAUUGAAAAGGAGCCAACGGACCAGGGGUACGAGCACCAAAGCUACGACCUCGUCCUCGCAGCAAACGUACUCCAUGCCACCAAAAGCAUGGAUAGGACGCUGGCGCACGUCAGGAAGCUUCUAAAGCCCGGCGGCAAGCUCAUCGUCUUUGAACUGACGAACCCAGCCGUCCUGCUCGGUGGCUUCUGCUUCGGUGUGCUGCCUGGCUGGUGGUUGUCCGAGGAGGCAGAUCGCGAGUGGGGCCCGCUCAUGGUCGUCGACACCUGGAGAGCCUACCUCGAGCGCGCGGGCUUCAGUGGUGUCGAUGCCGUGUUUCAUGAUUUCCAUGACGCCGCGCACCAGACCAGCUCGAUUUUGGUGUCGACUGCCCUGCCUGCUAUCGACGCCCAGGAUCCGGUGAAUGGGGUAGCCAAGCUCACUCGCUACUGUGUUUUGAUGGAUGAACGGCCUUCGGAACUUCAGAGGCAGGUUGCCGAUAUGUUGCUGCCAGUUCUUGCGCGGACAGGUUCUGUUGAGACGAGUACCAUUCCAGGCAGUGUGGGUCGUAAUUUGAAGGAUAGUUGCUGCAUUGUUAUUACGGAGCUCGACUCGCCGACUCUGCUUGACAUGACUGCAGAGGUAUUCACCGCUUUGCAAGGUGUUCUAAGCAUCUGCAAGAGCAUUUUCUGGUUAAGCCGUGGUGGAAAUAAUCUAGUUGCAGCUCCUGACCGCGAGUUGGUGACAGGCCUGGCAAGGGUGGUCAGGACUGAGAGGGGGCCUCCGUUCAGCUUUGUGACCGUAUCCUUUGCCGAAGUGGAGAGUGCAGAGACUAUUGUUGACAAGACGUUGCAGGUUUUGGACAGGAGCCAGGACACUGCGGAGAACUCUUUCAGGGUCUCCAAUGGUGUCGUACACGUGCCGCGUCUCGUUGAGGCAACCUACCUGACUGACCAUGUCGGCACGGAAGCACAGCCUACUUCGGCGCAAGCAGUAACUCGGGAGGUGAAGCUCGGGGACGUUCGGCGCGAGCUUUUGUCUCGAAUUCAGUCUCAUGGUUCGGUACAAGGGGCCGGUACAGUUGAUUUCUGUUUUGCAGAGGACCACUCCGGGGAACGGCCUCUUGCCGAUGACGAGGUUGAGUUCAAAGUCAUGGCCUGCGGUGUCAGCGUCCAUGAUGUCGUAGCAGAUCAUGACGCAGCUGGUGAGGGUUCUUUGUCCGGCAUGGGUAUACAAGCCGCUGGAGUAGUAACCCGGGUCGGGUCGACAGCAGCAUCCAAGUUUUCAGUCGCCGACAGAGUUACGGGAAUAUCCCUAGAUGGAGCGAUCAAGACCCAUGCUCGCACGCCGGCAGGAUUGCUCGCCAAGAUUAGCGAUAAAGUGAUGUGGACUCAGGCGGCGCAGAUACCUAUGGCUUACUUCACUGCGUGCGCCGUAAUUCAGUAUAUGGGCGUCGGCGACAGCGGUGACAUCAUGCUCAUACACAGAGCCGCUGCUAGUGCCGCUGGGCUGGCGGCCGUUCAGGUGGCUCGCAGCAACGGCGCCAAGAUCCUUGCCACUGUCGCCAACGCCCAGGAAAGGAAGGUUCUUCAAGAGGUCGGUGGACUCCUUGUGGAUAAUAUCCUCGAGCUUGACCAUCAAACCAUCCUAAGCACGAUUGUCAAAUCCAAGACUGGCAAUCGCGGAGUCGAUAUGGUUAUCGACUCACUCCUGCAGUCUGACAUGGACCAUGCUACAAACUUGGUCGAUUGCCUGGCCCCCUUUGGGAGAUUUGUGAGCCUGGGCCAGGGGCCGCUGCCGGGCAUUAGCGGUCGUCGCAACAUUUGCCUGGAGAGGUUCAACGGCGCCGAGAUGAUGGCGCUAGAUUAUGUAAAAUCACAGCGCAUCUUCCUCAGGGCGGCGCGGUUCAUCCUCGACCAGCCGCUGGCGGCCAAUGCUCAAGUGCCUGUCUACAAGUUCUCCAAAGCGUCGGAAGCACUGGCGCAGCUGGGGAAGUGCGAGGAUGCCAUUGUCCUCGAACCUCACGAAGAGGACAUAGUCAGGGUGGUGGCGAGCAAGCAGACAAACACAAGUUCCACUUCUACGUUUAACCCUGACGCGUCUUAUAUAGUUGUCGGCGGGCUGGGGGGUCUUGGAAGGUCUGUGUCGCGGUGGAUGGCUUCGAAGGGUGCCAGAAGUUUGAUCCUCAUCUCCAGGAAAGGGGCGGUGACCUUUGAAGCAAAGGAGUUAGUUGCAGAGCUACAGGAUCUCGGAGUCAAAGUCGCCACUCCAGCAUGUGACGCAACUGACAAAGUGGCAUUGAGAAAUGCUCUGGAUGAGUGUUCGGCUAAUACUCCGCCUAUCAUAGGCGUUAUACAAUGCUCAAUGGUUUUAAAGGACAAACGGUUCUUUGAAAUGUCACUGGAUGAAUGGAAUGCUGCCGUCAGACCCAAAAUGGACGCUUCCGUGAACAUCUACGAAGCUCUCGACACAGCGAGCUUGGACUUCUUUAUCAUGCUCUCUUCAACCGUUGGCUUGACAGGAACUGCCGAGCAAGCCAACUAUGCAGCAGGUGGAACCUUCCAGGAUGCGUUUGCACGCAGCCUUACCGCAUCACAGAUAGACAAUAGCGGACCAGCUGUCGUCUCUUUAGACCUGCCCGUGAUUCUCGACGUCGGCUUUGUGGCCGAAAAGCCUGAGCUGAUGAGCCAGCUCAAAGCUGCGGGAUGGGCCUACAUGGAAGAAGAAGAGUUCCACGCAACGCUGGGCUAUCACUGCUUCCAGAAGAAACAUCCAGACCUACCGGCAUCCAUACUCAGAUCCCAAGUCGCCCCACGCCUCUGGCUGGCCCAGGACACAGCCGAUGAGGGCACCGAGCCGCCGACGUGGGUGCGCGAUCCGCUCUUCAGCCACAUGCGUCCCAACACGGCAGAAGCUACAGCCAACGGCGGCGGCGGCGGCGGCAGCGGCGACGCUGGAAACAAGGAGAUGAAGCACGCGGCACUGCUCGCGGCGGCCACAACGGCCGGCGAUGCCGAGGCGGUGGUGCUCGAUGCACUCCUGGCCAAGCUCUCACGCGUGCUGAGCGUCGAGCUCUCGGACCUGGACCCGGCUUGCCCGCUGUCCCGGUACGGCGUGGACUCGCUGGUCGCCGUCAGCCUGCGGGCUUGGAUCGGUAAGGAGCUCGGCGCCGAGCUGUCUGUCUUUGAGAUGACGGACAAGCCGAGCAUACGCGCGCUUGCGGCUGCCGUUGCGGGGAGAAGU